AUUCUUGUUCUAGCUUUGAUUAUUUCCACUCACUAAUGGUUCAUAACCUCCACAGAUGGAUGUGAACUGGUGCUGGCAGUGGGAGCAGCCGUGGUGCGACCGGGUGGUGUGAUCCAGUGACUUUGGUGCCCGUCAGCAAGCAGGUGGGCCAAGGAUUGUGCAAGGCUCUGGAGCUCUGGAGGAGGUGUGAGUGUGUGAGGGGGAACCUGCUCUGACCUCAUGUAAGUCUCCUAUAGGAGGCAACAGUCAAGUACCUGCACCAGGCAAAGGUUGAUCCAGGUCUGUCCUCCACCUCACAAGCUCCAGUCUAGUUGAUGCCGCUCAGCUCUGCCAUCAGAGAAGCAAAUUCAGAAUGAGUUUCACAGAAAAUUCAGUGACGAACAAAGGUGUUGCAGCCAUGGAUGGGAAUGUUGAAAGCAUCUCUUUCCAGAAGGAACAGACUGAAGAUGUAAAGACUCCCUCUGCUGUUGUCCUCAACGGAAAAGUCAGCACAACUGACCUCAGCGAGACGCCGGCUGCAGAGGACCAGGAGACUCAUCCUGCCAGUAACGCUGAACCACCGGCCGAACCUCUCCCAUCUCCUGAACCAGAAGCAGGAGCUACUGAAGAACUUCAACCAGAGGAACCCAAGGCGACUGUCCUGACGAAGACCAGCUUGGCAACGACUUUGGCCCCUGCAGACCAGCUAUGGAGCACCAGGAGAGACAAGGCGGUCAGGCUGAGGAUGGAGGGUUCUGGUCCGGGCUCCGAGACGCCCAUCACCAUCCAUCAGUUGUUCCUGGAGACGGUUGAGAAGUGCGAAGAUCAUCCGGCUCUGAUCUCCAAAGAAAACGGCCAAGUGGUGACUCUGACCUGGAGGCAAUACUACGAGCAGUGUCGUGCAGCUGCUAAAAGCUUCCUCAAGCUUGGGCUGAAGCGUUACCAUGGAGUGGGGAUUCUGGGAUUUAACUCCCCUGAGUGGUUCAUCGCAGACAUCGGCUGCAUCUUGGCCGGGGGUCUGGGAGCCGGUAUUUACACGACCAACUCUCCAGAAGCUUGUCAGUAUGUGGCUGCCAACUGCGAGGCCAACGUCCUGGUUGUGGAGAACCAGAAACAGCUCCAAAAAAUCCUGCAGGUGAAGGAUCAGCUGCCUCAUCUGAAAGCCAUCGUCCAGUAUAAAGGCGAGCUGCAGCAGAAAGCACCGAACCUCUAUACAUGGGCAGAGUUCAUGAGGCUGGGGGAGGACGUGCCCAAUGAGCAGCUGGAUGCUGUGAUCAGCAGUCUUCGGGCCAAUGAAUGCUGCACCCUCAUCUACACCUCAGGAACAACUGGCACCCCGAAAGGAGUCAUGCUGAGCCAUGACAAUAUGACAUGGACGGCCACUACGGCAGCUAAGUUGGUGAGUAAGAGCGGUGACGAAGAGGUGCUGGUCAGUUACCUGCCGCUCAGCCACGUGGCAGCCCAGAUGAUCGACAUAUGGGUCUGUAUGAGUUUAGGUGGGACCACCUACUUCGCAGAUCCAGACGCCCUCAAGGGCACCUUAGCAAACACGUUGAAAGAGGCUCGUCCGACUUUUUUCAUGGGGGUUCCUCGCGUGUGGGAGAAGAUGCAGGAAAAGAUGAAGGCUAUGGGUGCCAAGGCAUCCCCGAUGAGGAAGAGAGUGGCAGACUGGGCCAAGUCCAUUGGUCUGCAGUACAACUACAGUGCCAUGAACGGGGAGAAUCUGGUGCCGUGGGGCUUCAUGCUGGCAAACAAUCUGGUCUUCAAGAAGGUGCGCGCUGCUCUGGGCUUAGACCGCUGCAAGCUCUGCUUCACCGGAGCUGCUCCCAUCACCAAAGACACUCUAGAGUACUUCAUGAGCCUGAACAUCCCCGUGAUGGAGCUUUAUGGCAUGAGUGAAAGCUCCGGCCCGCACACCGUCUCCAUAGACGAAUACAGGAUCACAAGCUGUGGGAAGGUGAUGCCAGGCUGCAAGACAAAGCUGGAGAAUCCAGAUGCGGAUGGGAACGGAGAGAUCUGCUUCUGGGGUCGCCACGUCUUCAUGGGCUACCUGAACAUGCCCGACAAGACAACAGAGGCUCUGGAUGAAGACGGCUGGCUGCACUCCGGGGACCUGGGAAGACACGAUGAGAACGACUUCCUGUACAUCACAGGAAGGAUCAAAGAGCUGAUCAUCACCGCUGGUGGUGAGAACAUCCCUCCGGUGCCCAUUGAGGAUGCAUUGAAGGCCGAGGUGCCCUUCCUCAGUAACACCAUGCUGCUCGGAGACAAGCUCAAGUUCCUCUCCAUGCUGCUCACGCUCAAAUGCGUCGUGGACGACAACGGCGACCCCACGGACGAGCUGACCGCCGAGGCUUUGGAGUUUUGCAGGCAGAACGGCAUCGCGGCGACCAAGGUGUCGGAGAUCGUAGCCAACAAGGAGCCGGCUGUUUACAAAGCCAUCCAGGAGGGGAUUGAGCGAGUCAACGCCAGGUCAACGUCCAACGCUCAGAAGGUCCAGAAGUGGGUCAUCCUGGAGAGAGACUUCUCCAUCACUGGAGGAGAACUAGGACCCACGAUGAAACUGAGGAGGCCCAUUGUUGUGAAGAUGUACCAGGACAGAAUAGACGAAAUAUACGCAGCGGCCGCAGCAAAACAGUAAACUGAGAUCACAGAGAGUCAGGAGAAAUGUGGCCAGACAAUAUGAACCUACAAGCGCAAAAGAGGUUUAUAAUGUAAGAGGCAAAGUGUUGAUUCUGACUGUAUUUAAUAGAAUAGAAAUUUUUGUUGCUACGUUUGAAUGUCUCAAAGUUUCCCAAGAGCUGCAGAGAGGUCCGAGCUGUUGGAUGUACAUACAGAUUCACAACACAUGUUGUAAAAAAAACCUCCACAAUCAGAGCCAAAGCUUGCCAUAUGGAGCAUACAGGUGAAUACACUAUUACUCAAACGUGGCACAUGAACAUGAAGUGGGAAGCACUGGAUGGUAACUUUUUACAGUUUAUGAAGGAAAUGUUGUAACUCAUAAUCCACUGUGUCGCGAAAGAUGCUUGAUUAUAAGAUAUGUAUUUUAUUUCUGAAGCGGCAGUAUGUAUUUAAAGAUUUUACAGCAUUGAUUGCCAGUUUCCAGUCUCAUGUUGUGAGUUAAUCCCCAGCUGGUGUAGUCUGGAGGUGAUGAAGUAUUUUUAUAAUGAGAGAAGAAUAUCAACAGUCCAAUCAUCAAGCAUGUGCAAAUUGUAUAUUAUGCAUUUGAAAAUGUUCUUCUCCGUGUACAGUUUGGCACAUAUUGAAAUAUUUAUUUUGUGAUAUAUAUUCCUUGAAUGUCAAUAAAAAGUGAGUGAUUUUGACAAAUUGACCAAA